UUGUGCUCAGACGUGCAUUUGCUGCCUGUCAUACACAUCAGACUAUUACUGCCGAGGAUUGCUGAUAUUUAAUACCUGUGACCUUCAUCUGCUGCAAACGAGAUGGCUUUGUGCAUGGAAGGUCGAUUGAAGCAACGAAAACCUCUCUCUCCCAUUCUCGAGGCGGCUUCUAUCUUGUCUAGCCCAAGAUCAAAGGAACAAAACAAUGAUAUACUCGCCCAAUACAUGGACUUAAAAGCUCAAGUUGGAGAUAUGGAAGAGAGCCUUCUUGACCAUCUUCUCCAAGAAAACGAGAACCUGCGCCAGGUGAAUGAGCAACAGAGCCGCGAACUUCGACAUGAACACGAACUGAGACUUAAAGCUGAAAAAGAGAGGGCCGAGUUCAGAGUAGAAUAUCUAAAUUUCAAGCUCAGUUUGACUAUGGAGCAUGCCGAACUGCAGGAACUGAAACAGACGCUAGAGGAGCUCACAAGUAGCUGGGAGAAGGAGAAACAUGAGGAAGCUGAGCAGAAAGAGAAGCUGGAGGAAGAGCUGAAGCAGCUGAAAUCCAUCCAUCAACUUGCAACCCUCCAGCACCAGGCUCUGCCUCUGACCUGCCAAACUCCAGGCAAAUCACAGGCCAGUCUCCCAGUCGUAGCUCCUCCAGCCCACCCGAAGAAGGCACAUAGACCCUACACUGGAAAGGCCAAAAGCAGAGUUCAUUGCAAGAUCCAGCCUGCCCAGAACAACAGGAGCACCCCUUCUGCUUGUGGGGACGGUAUGAAGAAGACCACGGAUGAAAGCAAGGCCAAGGUCACACCUGGGGAAGAACUCAGAACGAAGGACAUUAAGAGUGGUCCAAAUCUCUCCAAACAGUCACACAGACACUUAAGAAGAGUUCGUCAGAUGCAUUAAGACAUUUAGAGGAUGUUGUGUUGUUGUUGUUGAAGAAUAUUUGCAUUGAGUGUGUACAUACAAAUUCCAAUUUUUGUUUGAUGACCAGAAUCUCUUUAUGAGAUGGACACUAAAUAUUUCUGAAGCAAAAUUUGGGUCGUCAUUAAACUUUGUUCCUGAUCAAA